AUGUGGCGCGUAGAAGGAUUCUGGCGGUGCGGCGGCCCUGGAGGUGCGAGGAACCCUAGAGACUUCUUGGCAUACCUGACCCAAACCUUCGGAAGCGUUCAAGAUAAGGAACAGGCCCAAGACCGACUAGCGACCCUCAUACAGAAAGAGGGGCAAACUCUGGGCGCCUUUCUACCCGAUUUCGAAGAUACUCUUACGAAAGCGGGAGGGGACACUUGGGGCGAUGACUGCCGGUUAGCAUGGCUGAGGAACUCGCUGUCGGCUUCGCUGCGGGAGCAGCUAAUCGCGGUGGAAAUGCCGCAGACAUACAGCGAUUACAUAAAACGCCUGCAAACCCUUGCGUGGAAUUUUGAGAGGACCGCACGUUUCCGCGAGCUCAAGAAAAAAGAGGCUCGCGCUACAAUGACCGCCGUUACACGCAUCAUGGAGGGAACUUCAAGGGCUACCCGAAAAGAGAUAGCCCGCAACAGGAAAGAACAACUAUCCCUACGAUGGAUGCUGACGGCGAUACGCUUAUGA